AUGUCCGCAUCGUUGGGGCGCUCGAAGGCCUCGUCGUCGACGCGCUCUUCCGAGACGUCUUCGUCGGCGUCGUCUCUGUUCGCGAGUCGACCCAAUCGUGGCAUAAAUGGCCGCAACUAUCAGAUAGUGGCCAAUCAUUUCCCGAUUAAGUUCACGUCAGACCUAAUGAUAGUGGCCAAUCAUUUCCCGAUUAAGUUCACGUCAGACCUAAUGGUAUAUCACUAUGACGUGGAUAUGGAGCCGAUGCGACUCAAUCAGGACUUGGCGUCAAUGACUUUCGCCGACGACUCGGUAGAGACGGACGACAAGAGCGCCAAACGGAGGCUCAAGAAACUCAACUCAAAGAUCUAUCGCGUGGUCAUCGAAGAGGCCAUCAAACGAUACUCAGGUCCGGGAGAGCUGUUCGAUGGCGUCCUUCCCGUGUUUGACGGCCAGAAGAAUAUGUAUUCGCGAAAAGAACUGGAUUUAGAGAAAUUCACUUUCCGUGGCAUUAAUGGCGCCGAAGCCGACAAAGUCGUGGCCAGGAUUCAGGUCGAGGUGAACGAAGACGGCCGGCAAGUGAUCUACGCCCUCAACAUUAAGAACGCGUCAGUCAUUGACAUGAAUGGCCUGAAGAAGUAUUUCGACAAACAGACGAAUGUGAUGCCGUCGGACGCCAUUCAAGUGCUGAACAUUAUCCUAAGACACGGGCCGUCUAUUUUGAAUAUCCCGAUCGGCAACUCAUUGUACGCGCCGUACAACGAGUCCGCCGGCAAACGCAAAGACAUCGGCGGCGGCCGUCAGUUGGCCUACGGAUACUUCCAGUCAAUGAGACCCGAAUCCAAUGGCGUAAGUCUUGUGAUCGACAGGACGGCCACCGCUCUGUACGAGUCGGGAGUUUUGGCCAAAUUUAUUUGUAAGAUUCUGGGCCUCACUCGCGAGGCUUUCAUGGCUUUGAAAGGCUUUAGGGAUUCCGACAGAAAGCGUAUCGAAAAGGAGUUGAAAGGCAUUCAGAUUCAAGUCAAUCACUUGACUUAUAAACGCAAAUACAAAGUGAUUGGUUUGACCAAAGAGUCGGCCACUGAAGUGAAGUUUGAAUACAAGAAGACUGAUCCCAGAGGAAAGGAGACUAAUAUGGGAAUGAUGUCAGUCGUGGAGUUCUAUGAGAAGCACUACCCGGACAAGUGUCCGCUCAAGUUCGCGGCCAUGCCGUGCAUCAUCGUCGGCAACAUUAAGAAUCCCAAUUUCCUGCCGCUCGAUGUCUGUGAGUUGGUUCCCGACCAACACGUCUCCAAGAAUCUCACAAACGAUCAAAUGGUGGAAAUGAUUCGCUCGUCGGCCUCACAGACGCCCGCAAAUCGGCUUCAAUUCAUUCGCGACUCCGCGAAGAGUACUAUUCAUGACUCGAAGUCAUAUAUGAAAGAGUUUGGAAUCGCUUUUCCGGCCGGAAAUACUCCGCUCAGUAUUGACGCCCGAAUCCUGUCGGCGCCGCUCCUCAUGUAUGGCAACAAACGUACUCUCAAUCCGUUUGACGGCAAAUGGGAUGUCAGGAAUCAGCAGUUCUUCGAACCGAGAGCUCUCGAGCACUGGAUAAUCAUAGCGUUGACCCCAAACAUGGAGGGAAGGAUGGAACAGUUGGAGCGCUGUGUCAAAGAGUCGGGCACUAAAUUGGGAAUGAGAAUCAUGAACGCCACCAAACGGGUGUCGCUCAAGAGCUACGGACCCGACUCUAUCCACAAAGUGUUUGAAAAGGCGUUAGAAGUGACCAGUGGUCGACUUCAGCUCAUUUUCUUUGUGAUAACUCCGAAGUAUCAGUAUUUGUAUGAAUCAAUCAAAAAGGUCGGAGACGUGGACUUCGGGAUUGUCACCCAAUGCAUCAAAGAGGCCAAUCUCAGCAAUUUGAAACCACCACUGAUGCAAAAUGUGAUGUUGAAAGUGAACACAAAGUUGGGCGGAGUUAACGCCAUUCUCACUGACAUCGAAGUGCUGAAGAAGCGCACAAUGAUUGUUGGCGUCGAUUGCAGUCAUCCAGGAGUGGGCGAUAGGAUGUCUCGCUCUGUGUCUGCAUGUGUGGCAUCGAUUGACGACUCGUACGUGAAGUACUUCGCGUCGACUCGUCUCCAGAAGCGCGUCCAAGAGAUCACUAGUGAGCUCCAGGAGAUGAUGUUAGACCUGCUUCGGGAGUACGCCAACAGAAACAAUGGCAAUCUUCCCGAACAGAUCAUUGUGUAUAGGGAUGGCGUCAGCGAAGGCCAGUUCAACGCCGCUCUUCAACAGGAGAUCAAGGGUUUGAUCCAAACGUUUGCGAUGGAAAAGCCUGGCUAUGAGCCUAAGAUGACGUAUAUUGUGGUUCAGAAGAGACACCACACGAGAUUCUUCCCACAGAAUCCAGCGGAAGGCGUGGGCCGAGCGAAGAACGUUCCGCCGGGUCUAGUGGUGGACACGGAUGUGGUGUCGAAGACGCACUUCGAUUACUUCCUGUGCUCUCACGAAGGCAUUCAGGGAACCAGUCGUCCGACUCAUUACUUCAUUCUCUGGGACGACAACAAGUUCUCUGCGGAUGAGUUGCAACAGUUGACGUUCAGUCUG